UGAUCCCGGAGCAGUGGGUCACGUGACCGGUGCCUGCGCGGCAGCGCUCGCUGCGCGGUGCAGGCGGAGCGGCUGCUAUGGAGUCGGUGCUGCUGCUCUCAGCACUGCUGCUGCUGCUCCUCCCGCCGCCGCCGUUGCCGUCCGCCCGCGCCGCUCCCGCUGCCCGGGUCGUGUGGCCCGGCCUGGAGGAGCGGUUCUUUCCGCAGGUGCGGGACCACUUCAGCUUCGAGACCUGCGGCAACGAGACCUUCCCGCAGCGGUACCUGGUGUCGGCAAAGUUCUGGAAGAAAGGAUUUGGACCCAUCUUUUUCUAUACUGGCAAUGAAGGUGACAUCUGGACUUUUGCUCAGAACUCUGACUUCAUAUUUGAAUUAGCAGAGGAACAGCAAGCACUUGUCAUUUUUGCUGAACAUAGGUACUAUGGGAAGUCUCUUCCCUUUGGACUUGAGUCGACACAGUUGAAGAAGACUGCUCUGCUCACCGUGGAACAAGCCCUUGCUGACUAUGCCGUGCUCAUUACUGAGCUUAAGCAGCAGUUUGGUGCUGCAGACUGCCCUGUCAUCGCUUUUGGAGGCAGCUAUGGUGGAAUGCUGAGCGCCUACCUGAGGAUGAAAUACCCAAAUGUCGUGGCGGGAGCAUUAGCUGCCAGUGCUCCUCUGCUGUCUGUGGCUGGGCUUGGAGACCCCACCCAGUUCUUCAGGGAUGUCACAGCAGAUUUUCAGAAGUCCAGCCUAGGCUGUGUCAAAGCUGUCCGUAAAGCCUUCCAACAGAUCAAGGACCUAUGCCUGAGUGGAGCCUAUGAUGAGAUCAGCAGCAAAAUGGCCACAUGCAAUAAGAUCUCUAACAAGGAGGAUGUUUACCAGCUGUUUGGUUUUGCUAGAAAUGCCUUCACCAUGAUGGCCAUGAUGGACUACCCAUACAAAACCGACUUCAUGGGUGACCUCCCUGCCAAUCCAGUGAAGGUUGGCUGUGAACAAAUUGUCGCCUAUAAAGACCCAAUUAAAGGCUUGGCUGCUCUUGUUGGGGUGUUCUACAACUCCUCUGGCUUGACACAGUGUUAUAACAUAUACCAGCUGUACCAGUCCUGUGCUGACCCCACGGGCUGUGGCAUUGGCUCAGAUGCAGAGGCUUGGGACUACCAGGUUUGCACCGAGAUCAACUUAACAUUUAACAGUAACAACGUGACGGACAUGUUCCCUGAGAUGCCCUUCACAGAGGCUAUGCGUGAGCAGUACUGUUGGAAGAAGUGGCAUGUGAGGCCGCGAGCACACUGGCUGCGGACAAACUUUUGGGGGGAAGACCUGAAAAGUGCAAGCAACAUCAUUUUUUCAAACGGAGACUUGGACCCAUGGGCUGGAGGUGGGAUAAACAGAAGUCUCAGCCCUUCACUGAUUGCACUUACCAUUAAAGGAGGUGCCCAUCACCUUGAUCUCCGGGGACACAACCCAGCUGACCCCCCAUCUGUCACCGAGGUGCGCAAGCUUGAAGCCAGGAUCAUCAGCAGCUGGGUGAAAUCUGGAGGCAUGGAGCAGGUGCAGGAGCAGCGCACAGGAGCUGCAGCAGGCAGUCAGCCCUGAGCCCUUCCAUCCCCGCAGCCCCUGUGUGCAGCUACCACAAGACACAGCAGCCGGCUGCACUGGUUCUACUUUGCUGGCUGGGACACUAUUCUCUCCUCUGCCGUGAUGGUGGGAACUCCCUUUUCCCAAGUGUCCCACUUACACGUCAUUAAGCAUGAAAAGAAAUACAAAAGGCCAAAUCACUGACAGAAGCCAAAACCACAUUUUCUGGGCUCCAUGCUUGCCUGUUCAGAAUGAGCUGUUACAAAGAGCAGGAAAAAGCUUGCCUGGAAGGUCCAAGAACCAUCACAGCCCUGAACAGGGUGGUUCAGGGUGCAUGAGGCACCUUAAGGUUGAAAAGAAACUAUUUUUAGAGAAAAAGGAAAUACUAGAGGGUUAGUAGAAAAGCAGAGGUAUAAUUAUGAUUGACACAGGGUCAUGGUGAGCUCCACUGGUGACCAGUUAUCUAAAACAGACUAUCAGUCUUAGCCAGAGCUGUGGGUUAGGACUGUUUUAGCUUGUCGAAGAGAUUCCAGUUGCUGAGAUGAAGAUUUACACAAAGGAAUCCUGGCAUGCACUGCUGUCACUCAAGGGCUGUGUAUUGGUGACCAGUAAAGCACACUUCCACUGAGACAUCUUCAGAGCUUUUUAAAAUCAAUUACAAGUAUAUUAAAGUCUGUGAUAGAAAAGUUUA